AUGAAUUCAGCGGACGCAAAUGCUGAGUCCAUUCAGUAAGCAGCUCAUCCAGCCUGGCGCACCACGCCGCCUGAAACAUCGGAUAGCUAACGGCCACAAAGGCAGAAGAUCCAGAUCGCCAGACGAGACGCAGUAUGUAUACGCAGGUGAUGAGCGAAGAUGCGAUCUGCAGAAACUUACGACGUGCUGUAGGAAGCCCUCAAAGACAGGAUAAAGCGCAAGAAAGAUGAGCUCGCCGACACCACACGUGAGUCCAACUCCUCUGCUACCCGUUACUGCCACGCUUGCUGGCUGCGGUGCAAAUAAUGUGAGGGACAUUGGCUGACAUCGUCAUGCUCAGUGCGUGAUAUCGCGCGACAACGAACGGAACAGCUGCCGCGGCUAGCGAUGAAGACUAAACGCACCCUCAAAGGCCAUCUGGCCAAGAUCUACGCGAUGCACUGGUCGACCGACCGAAGACAUCUUGUGUCCGCAUCACAAGACGGCAAACUCAUCAUCUGGGAUGCCUACACUACGAACAAAGUCCAUGCCAUCCCGCUCCGAUCAUCCUGGGUGAUGACGUGCGCAUACUCACCCAGCGGCAACUAUGUGGCAUGCGGAGGUCUAGACAAUAUCUGCUCCAUUUACAACCUCUCCGCGAGAGAGGGACCGACACGGGUGGCGCGCGAGCUUAGUGGGCAUUCUGGCUAUCUCAGCUGUUGUCGUUUCAUAAACGAUCGACGCAUCCUCACAUCCUCGGGUGACAUGACCUGUGUGCUCUGGGACAUCGAAACCGGGCAAAAAAUCACCGAGUUCGCGGACCACCUCGGCGAUGUCAUGAGCUUGAGCAUAAAUCCAUUGGAUAACAACCAAUUUGUGUCGGGAGCUUGUGACGCCUUCGCCAAGCUGUGGGACAUUCGGCAGCAAAAGUGCACGCAAACUUUCGCUGCGCACGAUUCGGACAUCAACGCGAUCCAAUUCUUCCCUAAUGGCAACGCGUUCGGUACGGGAUCAGAUGAUGCGUCGUGUCGACUCUUCGAUAUUCGGGCAGACCGUGAGCUGCAGAGUUACACUGUAUGUUGCUACGCUUGAGUACUGGCUGUGCGAGAAGUUGCUGACCGUCUGCCAGAUCGGCGAGCCCGUCUGCGGCAUUACCUCUGUCGCCUUCUCUGUUUCAGGUCGACUGUUGUUUGCAGGCUACGACGACUUCGAGUGCAAGGUUUGUCUGGAAAUGGAGCCGGAUAUAUGGUCAGAUACGCUAACGAGUUUGUAGGUUUGGGAUGUCCUACGCGGUGAUCGAGUUGGCACUCUUCAAGGUCACGACAACCGGGUUAGCUGCCUCGGCGUGAGCAACGAUGCAAUGUCCUUAUGCACAGGCUCCUGGGAUUCGAUGGUCAGUUUACGCGCACUGUUGCAGGAAGAUAUCAGAGACCAGCGCUAACAUUCAUCACAGCUCCGCAUUUGGGCAUGA